ACAAUACUACAAAAGGGGUUGUCAGGGCACAGCUAAGGUUGUCAUUGGUGAUAAUUUCAUGGAAUGGGAGGACCUCAACCCCCACACCUGUGCUCCAAAUGUCCUCUUCAGUCAAGUUCAUCUUAUGAAGCAGCGGAUUUUGGAAGAAGCCGUGACAGACCAUGGAAGAUACGAAUCACCAGCAGAGUUGGUUGAACGAGUGCAAAACAUGUAUCCUCCAGAGAUUGCGGCCCAUGUUUCCCUCAACGGGAUGAGAUCAGCCAUCCAAAGAGCAAGAGCUGCGAUGUAUCCUCCAGUUCCUGCUGAUAUUCACCAGUUGGGACAACAGCUUCAUGCCAAUGAACACCUGGCUGCUAGUAUUGAUGGGCGGGACAGACUGUAUUCCUGA